AUGGUUUCUGACAAUGUGCAAAAGGGGAUUCUCUUCCUCACUCAGAUGGCAGCUGGGAUCCUGGGAAACUCAUUUCUUCUUGGUCUUUAUAACUUCAAUUUGAUUACUGGACAUGUGUUGAGACCUUGAGAGAUUCUCAGCCAACUGGUCCUGGCCAACUCCCUGGUACUUUUUUCUAAAGGGAUUCCUCAGACUAUGGCAGCUUUUGGACUAAAGUUUUUCCUCUGUGAUGGGGGAUGCAAACUAGUCUUCUAUUUGCACAGAGUGGGCAGAGGGGUUUCCCUCCGCACUACAUGCCACCUAAGUGGUUUCCAGGCCAUUAAGCUUUGUCCCAACUUCUCUAAGUGGAUGAUGCUCAGAAUGAGGUCAACAAAGUGCAUUGGCUUCUGCUGUUUCCUCUGCUGGAUUCUGCAUGUCUUGUUAAAUGUCUUACUUCCUUUGACAGUGAAUGGGCCACAAAAUAGCACAAACACAGGUAUAAGAAAUUUUAGCUACUGUUCUCUACCUAUCCUGGAUAAACUGAUAAAUAAUCUUCAUGCCACCAUGUUCUCCUCCAUUGAUGUGAUACAUUUGGGCUUCAAGGUCUGGACCAGUGGCUCCAUGGUCUUUGUCCUGCACAGACACAAGCAGCGAGUCCAACACAUUCACAGCAACAGAUGCUUGCCCAGACCUUCCCAUGAGGACAGAGCCACACACAACAUCCUUAUCCUGGUGGGCAUGUUUGUCUCUUUUUACUGUCUUCCAUUACUUACUGUCUUCCAUUUUGACUCUUUGACUCUAAUUUUGACUCCAUACCAGUGGCUGGUGGACAUGUCUGUGUUUGUGGCAUCAUGUUUUUCAACAUUCAGCCCUUUUGUGCUCAUCAUUAGUGACACCCAUGUCUCUAGACUUUUUUUUUUUUUUUGCCUGUUCAAAAAACCACAAUUUUUUGAGUAA